AUGCUUCGACUGACGCUAUGGCGUUACUUCUCAACAAUUGGUAGAAACCAGGCAUCUCAGUUGAAAGAAAAAUUGUACAAUUUUGAGAAGUACAAUACCAUUAUGCGCAAAUCACCCAAGGCCUUGAAUAGAUUAAAGGAAAAGAGGAAAACAAAGCUCCAAGAAUUGAAUAGACAUCCUUAUAGUCGAUCUAGAGCUCUGGAUGUUAUAAAGAGGCGGUACAAAGAAGAUGGGGAGAAAAUUGAGAUUGGACCGACUACAAAUGCAGAUCUCAAGUAUCUGAAGCACACGAAAGAUAAGAGAUUGAUAUAUUCAACCCUGGGAAUCACACAAAAUCAGUUGAGAGAUUCUCGAUUGGUCUCAGAUGAUGUGGCAAAGCUUCUAAAAAGGGGCCAAGUUGAAAAAGCGCUAUAUAUGAUAAGGCUUGCUAAAACCAACGGAACUGCAGGAUUAAAUCGUAUUUUAGAGUAUUACUUGUAUCACUUAAAGUCCCCACAAUCUGCAGUUAGUUUGUACAAUUGGAGUAAAAAGAUUGGUGUCUCUGUAAAUGAAUAUACUAAUUCCAUUUUAUUUAACGGGAUUUCAAAACAAGAACAUCUAGUCUCUGCAAAGAUUGGUAAUUUUGUCUAUAAUACUACCAUGCGUAUGAAAGAAAGUAAUAAAUUAUCUCAAAUUGAGUUCAAUUCUGCAUUAAGUGCCUUGUCUAAUUGUACAGACAUAAGUUUUGCAUUCAAAUUGUUUAACGAUAUCAGCAAGAUGGAAGGUAUUAAAGCAGAUUCCAUCACAUUUAUAUGGAUGUUAAGAUCAUGCAUCAACGUUAAGACAGAUGCAUUAUUUGAUGAAUUGUUCAAUGACGUAACAAGCGUGAUUCCGAAGUGGUGCAUAGAUUCACAGUUAUUAUUUGAGAUCUGCAGAACCAUUCAUUUAAGAAAGGAAGAUUACCGCUCACAGAUGAUAGUUUUAAAUGCUUUAAAGCAGUAUUUCCAAAUCUCGGAAAAAGUAAAAGUUCACCGUAUAAAAGAUGGGCACUUACUUCUUCCGGCGUUGUCUAAAUGGGGGAUGGAGCAGUUGCCAUUGAAUUCGCAUAUCAUUGGAUUGUUCUUCGAUGUGUGCCAAAAAUUGAAGAAAUACAAAUUGAUGAUUGAUCUCUAUGAAACAUUGGGUGGGAGUGUUGACCUUGUAGAUAUUGGAAUCUUCCAUCAAUACCUAGAAGCUUUAAUUAAGGAGCAUCCCACUAGUUGUUCAUAUGAAUGUAUCCGUGCACUUGAAUCAAAGGAAGAAUUUCUAAAAUCGGCGCACACCUUAGUACUGUGUUAUGAAGCCUUUAAAAAGCAAUCUUUAAAGAGUAGAAUCAACAGUAGUACCAUUGAAACCGAAAAAUUAUUAAUCGAACUUCACAAUUUUAUUAUCAGAACGGAAGGUCAACAGUCUACUCAAUUUGAUUUUAAGAUAUAUCCUAUGAAAUCUUGGAAAUACGUCUUCCGUAUCUUAAAGAAUUUGGAUGUUGAUAAUAAUGUUCCUAAGGAAAGAAAAAAAUAUAUUCUAAUUGAAUUUGUGAAAUGUUUGCAUGAAGGCUCAUUAUCAACAGAUAGAAAUACUGAUACUCAGAGAUUCGUAGAACUUGAGGCAGUACGAUUGAUAAACAAUUUUGCAGAGGAAUUAAAAUUAGUGUCUUGGAAUAAAGAAGUUGUGCAAUGCCGAGAAAAUUUAGAAGGGAAACAAUUUCUGCAGAGAAGAUUAUUACUUCGAUUGAAGGAUAGAUUAUUACGACAUAUUGGUUACCUUGAAACCCAGAAUUAUAACGAAACAGAAGUCAAAAACCUGGAAUGGUCUAUAGGCCAACUUGCAUCUAAAACAUUGAAAUUGUUGAUAGAAAAAUAA